UCAGUCACAGCAGUUGUCACAAGUUUUCUUGUCGUUCGCUCUUUCACUGUCAAAAACACCCAUUUUCAAUCAGAUCCAUAAAACCAAAUACAAAAAAACUUAAUUUGCAAUUUAGUUUCUCUGAAAAUUUAAUUUAUUUCACAUUUAAUGGCUUAUCAAGGUGGUUAUCCAGGAGGCUAUGGUGGAGGCUACAAUCCUCAACAACAGCAACCACCACAGGGCUAUGGCCAGCCUGGGGGUUAUGCUGCUCCACCAGGUGCAUUUCCACCACAAAACGUCGCAAUGCAGCCAGAAGCUCAACGUUGGUUUGCUAUGGUUGACCGAGAUCGUUCUGGAAAGAUCAAUUCUGAAGAACUGAAAGCGGCUCUGGUGAACGGCAAAGGCCAGAACUUCUCUGACAACGCGUGUAAACUCAUGAUAAGUAUGUUUGACAAAGACGCGAGCGGAACAAUUGAUAUGUACGAGUUUGAAAAGCUAUACAAUUACAUCAAUCAGUGGCUCCAGGUCUUCAAGACUUACGAUCGCGACCAAUCCGGGCACAUAGAACGAGAUGAACUUUCUCAAGCCUUUACCCAAAUGGGAUUCCGUUUCUCGGAGGAAUUCAUCACUUUCCUAAUGAAGAAGAGCGACCCUGGCGCACAGAAAGAGAUCUCCGUGGAUCAGUUUAUUGUACUGUGUGUGCAGAUCCAGCGAUUUACCGAGGCCUUCAGAGUCCGUGAUACCCAGCAACAGGGCCAAAUAACUAUUGGCUUCGAAGAUUUCCUGAGUGUGGCCAUCGGAUGCUCGUACUAACACGGCCUAUUUGCUCAGCCGGAUUCCGAACAAAUCUCUUGCACACAGUUAAAUUUCGAAAUAAUCCAAAAAAUGUAUCUGCAAAUUCAUUUUUAGUUGACUUUGCACUUCAUUUCUGUUUACAUUUAUGUUUUAGUUGUUUUUUUUUCUUUCCUUAAUUUUAUGUCUUGUGUUUUUAAUAAUUUAAUGCUAAAUGUAGAUGUAGACCCAUCACAACACAAAUCUCAGAGACAAUUGCAAGCAAUCAACAUUCUGAACAUCAAAGUACAAAACCUUUGCUCAGCUUAGAAUUGUUAUAAAGAUUGGGUAAUUUGUAUUCAUAUAGAUUUAUCAAUAAACUCAACACUAGAACUAGAAUCAGAUACACAAACAAACAACGGUGAGGAACAGUGUAAAUUCCAUUAUUUGUAAUAAAGAAACUAAUAUAAACGAUAUUA